AUGUCGGCAACCAAAAUUCACAACAGUUAUAACGAUGUACCAUCAGCAGUUUUACAUAUUAGAUCAAUUCCACAAGGUACAACAGAAAAUGAUUUAUUUAAAAUUACAUUUGAUCAUAAAUUUGGAAAAUGUGUUUCAGUUAGAAUUUUAGAAAGAUUUCAUCAAGCACUUUUAGAGAUGGAUUCAGUUGAGAGUGCAACCAGACUUUUGAAAUACAGCCAAAAGAAUUCAUUACUUUUACACGGUAAACCAGUUCAAAUCUCUUUCUCAAAAAGUCAAUCAAUCAAUCAACCAACACCACAAUCACCAACCAAUACCACCACCACCACUAAUACUACCUCAUCAUCAUCAUCAUCUCACCGUUCAUCACCAUCAUCAUCAUCUUAUAAUGGAUUACCACAAGCUGGUAGUCGUCAAUCAAAUUUUUCACCAAAUACAAAUAAUAGUGCACCAAUUGCAGGUACAGUAUUAUUAAGUACAAUUGAAAAUCCAGGUUCAAACAGUAUUACAAUCGAUCACCUUUAUCAUGUAUUCUCUUCAUGUGGUGAGGUAUUGAGAAUCGUUAUGUUUAACAAGAACAAUUUACAAGCCCUCAUUGAAUUUUCAACUGUUGAAAGUGCACUCCAUGCAAAGAAAACACUUUCAAAUCAUAGUCUUUUCCAUGGUGGUCAAUGUACAUUGAAAUUAGAGGUCUCAAAAACUGAUCGUUUAAAUAUCACUCAAAAUACAGACAGAGCAAAGGAUUUCUCAAAAUCAUUACCAACAGUUAAUCAAUCAUCAUCAUCAUCAUCACAACAACAAUCUUAUUAUCAAUCUAAUGGUAAUAAUAACAAUAAUAAUCAACAACAACAACAUAGUAAUAAUCAUCACCACCAAUCAUCAUCAUCACCAUCUCAAGGCAGUCAUCACCAUCAUCACAAUAAUAACAACAACAAUAAUCACCAUAGUCAUCAUCAUUCAUCACCAUCACAACAUCCACAUCAUAGUGGAUCAGUUUCAACUAAUCAACAAAUUGGUAAUCAUCAUAGUCAUCAUCAUGGACAUAACCAUCAUGGUGGUAGUCAUCAUCAUCAUAAUCAUCAAAAUGGUGGCAAUAUUGGUCAUCAUAGAACCACAGUGUUAUUAGUACAUGGUCUUGAUGAAGCUGUUAUGACAUGUGAUCGUAUUUUCAAUCUUUUCUGUGUCUAUGGUAACGUACAAAGAGUAAAGAUUCUUUCAUCCAAAAAAGGUGCAGCAUUGGUGCAAAUGGAAGAUGUUCAACAAGCAGAAGCAGUCAUUAGAUUCUAUCACCAAAUGCCACUAUUCAAAGAUACCCUUCAAAUCAAUUACUCCAAACAUCUAUCAAUCACAGAUUCUCACAAUCCAGAAUCACCAACACUCUCAAAGGAUUUUGCUCAAUCCAAUUUGAAUCGUUUCACUCAUCCAAUCAAUACCUACAAACAUUUGUAUAAACCAUCACAAACUUUAUACUUUUCAAAUGUUCCAAAGGAUUUCACAGAGACAAAUUUCAAUCAAUUAUUCCAAUCUUUAAACCUUCAAAAACCAGUUGGUUUCAAAAUCUUCUCUGCUCAAUUGGCCCCUGGUGCUUCAUCAGUACCAACUGUCGCUUCACCAACCACUCCAACUGGUGUUGUCACUGGUGUCUCUUCACCAAGUGUCAAUGGUGGCGGUGCUGGUAGUGGUGCUUCAACUGUUGGUACAAACAUUGCCAAUAACACUACUACCUCUGUAAAUGGAAUUAGUAGUAAUAGCUCAACACCUGAACCAUCAAAACAUGCCGAUAAAAUCGUUGGUCUUUUAGAGUUCUCUUCACCAGCUAAUGCAAUCGAUGCUUUGGUACUUUUAAAUAACUCUGUUUUACCAAAUUCAAAUCAUAUGGGUUUAAGACUUUCAUUUAGUAACUCUACAGUUUUACCAAAAUCUUCAACAAGUAAUAAUAAUAAUAAUAAUACUAAUAACACCACCACCACUUCCACCAACACCAAUAAUAAUAAUAGCAACAAUAUCGCCUCACCACAACAACCACAACAAUUCCAACAACCACAACAACCACAACAACAAUCUCCAACAACUCAAAAACUUUUUUAA